AUGUUGUACAACCACAUUGCCAAUGCAUCUGUCAAAAUCUACACGCCAAGCUUUGAAGAUUGCCUCACAUUUUUGGUACAUUCAACUUUGAGUGUGCACAAAGAUGGCAUUGCAAUGAUGGUUGAUCAUGUGCAAUGUAGCAGUGACAAAUUACAAUUGACCGACAAUGUUUAUACAUCAAUAACAAAUUACCUUAAAGACUCUCAAGAUUUGAGUCCUGAAGGAAAAAAUAAUAACAGAGACAGUGAUUUGGAUGAAUCAGACUCGGAAAAUGUUUGCGAGGACACAACUCCACUGUUUACAUCUUCCGGUCGAAGAAGCAGAAGACCUGAUCGUCUUGAUUUGUAA